GGGCUUUCAAGAGAUGGUUGAACCGUGCGUCGGUCAGGAAGGCAGUUAAUUAAUUGUUUGCAGCUUUCCUAGAAUUGCUGCUUUCCAUAUUUGAACAUCCAAUCUAACUGUACCAACUUUUCACAAAAGAACACAAACCUUUAAUUUGGUACAAAUAUUGUUAAAGUAGAGACUAUUCAGGGGCGCUCAUAUUUCAGUAUUGCGCACGUUGAGAUGUGCGGUGUUUGGAUUUAACUUGGCUAUUACUACAAAAACCGCAAGGAACAAAUAUAAACGGUGUGGGUACAUAACAGAUACUUUUACAUCGAUCAGAACAAAAGGUACACUUGCACCCCGGGAUUUGCACGCAAAGGGAAUUAUUGCUGAUUUCGCGAUUUAUCAAUUUAUCAUGUAAAAAGUAUAAAUGGAAGUGAAAUAGACCUCUUAAAUCAGGACUUAUGACACCGACCUGUAUGUAGACUUACAUUGCGGAAGAUAUCAACGAUUCCCAAAAAGCUAACACACCUGACUAAAUCUAGCUUGCGAAUACAACAAAGUCAACUGUACGAAAAUGCCGUUAUUGAAGAAAAGGGAAGAUAAAAAGCAAAAAGAAGCCGACAAAUAUGUAUGUACGCUGGACGAUGAAACAGCUAAGCGUGCUAAAGAGGAAUUGGGUGAAGAUCCAAAAAACAGAAUGUCUCAAGUGGAAACGUUGAGGAAAUGGAUCGAGGAGCAGAAACAUUUGAACUGUCGAACAGACACGACGCACCUGUUGCUUUAUUUGAGAUGUUGCAAAUUCAGCCAGUUAAUGGCAAGAAAGAAAAUAGAAAACUACAUGAAAGUCAUGACUGAGACACCAGAAUGGUUCAAAGAUCUCAACCCGUCCGAUCCCAGAAUCCUAGCUGUUCUUGAUUCAACGUUUGUUUUUCCUCUCCCGGGUUAUGAUGAUCUUGGAAGGAAAGUCGUUUUCUUUAGAACGGGAAAAUUCUUCGAGAUCAGUGCCAAGUUCAACAAGCAUGACGUAUUUAGAGCGUGUAUUAUGCUAAUUGCAUUCGUGAAUCGGGACGAGCAGACCCAAGUGAAUGGAGUCGUGUAUCUGACAGACAAUUCCGGGAUGGAAAUGAAACACAUAAACUAUUUUGGGGUGGAGAAUUACCUUAAAGCACUAAAGAUCUGGCAGAACAGUUUCCCGGGGAGAUACAAGGAGUUCCAUUAUUACAACCCAGGGGUCGCUUUCUCCGCUUUCAUGCAAAUGGCCAAGUCAGUCAUGCCUGACAAAGUGAAAAAGAGACUGUUCAUCCAUGGCAGCAACAUGGAGGAUGUCUACAAGGUGAUACCAAUGAAGAUGCUACCUGAUGACUACCUGCCAGAUGAGUAUGAUGGACCAUCGCCUGGCACUGUCAAACAAAUCAUAGAAAAAUUGAAAAAAGAUGUGAACCAAGCCGACUUUAAGAAAGAAAUCAUGGACGACACAAGUGGCAAAUAUUUCUAUGAUAAAAGCGCUAAGUCAGAGGAAGUUCCGCAGGCUUCUUUUAGAAAACUUAACAUAGACUAACACCAUAAACUAUACACGCAUGUGUUGUUUGUCAAACUUGGAUGAUUGUCGAAUCUUCAGAAACAGGCAGGAUACAUUGUAUAUGUCUGACUGACCAAUCAGCAAUAAUUUUCAGUGCCACCAUUUUAGCUCUAUAUAAAAUGUAGUAAGGCAUCUUGUUGAACAACAAGGGCACACAUGGUCAAUCAAAGAAAAAUAUCACAUGCUGCUGUUUUAACUGAUUGUUUGAAGAUUUUAUUUGCACACUGAAUUCAUGUAAAUAAACACAACACAACACAUUAAAUAUUGGAGGACCUUGUCUGUAGUCUCAGAGUAUUAUUGGCUCCUCUUGGUAUGCAUUGAAUCAGCUGUGACCUUCAUUAUGUAAAUAGUGAACAUUUGAAGGAUGUUAAAAAUCAUGUAUACAUUAUGAGCUAUUUAUGCCUUCUCUACAAUAUUGUCCACAGAUCUGGAUACAAGUCAAAUGCAUGAUCCUCAUUCAGUGACUUCUCAAACAAAACCCCAAUGCUCAUUACAUAUUUGUAUAAGAUAAGGCUAAUACCUAAGAGUAAAUAAAAAGAUAUGUUCCAAAUGUUGAAAGAAGGCUAAACCAAUACCUAUCCAUUAGUGAAGUGGGGAUUUGAGCCUGGUAUGCUAAUAUAUUACAAUGUGCUUCAUUCAAGAUACAUCAGCAAUUUUUGUAAAGAUUCUGACUUGUUAUGGCCCCAUGGGCACUUAACUGAAAUCACUGCUAUUUUGCUCUGGGAAAUUGAGAAGGAAUAACUUUCCUUACGUUUGUCUGUUCAAAUCUAUCAAUUAUGAGUUCUGAAAUAAUGUUGUAUUUCAAUAUACAUGUAGUUGUUACUGACUGAGAAUAUUUGUGUAUGUGAAGCUUAUUGGCUUAUAAGGUAUUCAAACUAAUUUUAGUGUGUUUUCACUAGAUUAUCUUAUUUAUUAAAAUCACAUAAACAUUUUUUUUUAACUUUGAAGACACCCCAAAGAUAUAUAGAUACAUAUAUCACUUGUUAACAUCAUAUCCAUUGAAAAUGUGCCACACCCAUUUGUAUAUUAAAAAUACAGAAUGAACAAUGUUGUUGUAAUCAUGUUGUGUAUUUCAUGUUGUACAUACAUGUUGUGUAGACCUAUUUGAAAACAUAAUAAUCCUUUACCAAUACAUACUGCACAGUUUCAAUAAACAAAUAUAAAUAAUUAAAAUAUACUGAGUGAACACUGUAAUUGCAAAAUAUUGAACAUGUAUUUUU